AUGCAUAAUUCGGGACCUUCCCGGGAACGCGUUUCUUUGAAGGAUUUUCAAGUUCUCAAUCAUUCCAAAAUCUCUGCCUCGACAUUGCGUCACACACCUUCCCGUCAACUGAUUCACGUCCUCGACAAACUCUCUACCACAUUUCCUUUUUUCCUCCUCCCCCACCACCCGCGGCUCUGCGCCAUGGCGAACGAUGCCGUGCGCCGGAUAAUGGCAGAAGUCAAGGAGUUUUCCACCCUCAACAAUUCCCCCUCCUCCUUUUUCCACGCCCAACCGCUUGAAUCAGACCUUUUCGAGUGGCAUUUCACCGUCCGCGGCCCGCCGGACACCGCCUUUGCCCACGGCGUCUACCACGGCCGCAUUCUUCUCCCGGCGGAGUAUCCGCUGAAACCGCCUGAGAUUAUUUUGCUCACGCCCAACGGACGCUUCGAAGUCGGUAAGCGAAUCUGUCUGUCCGUCACCGCUCAUCACCAGGAGACGUGGCAGCCUUCGUGGGGGAUUCGCACCAUUCUUACCGCCCUCGUUGGCUUCAUGCCGAGCAAGGCGGAGGGCGUGGGCGCACUGGAUUAUCCAGAUGAGGAUAGACGAGGCCUGGCGCGAAAGAGCCACGGCUUUAGAUGUGAGAGAUGCGGCGCACUCCCGGUCGAACAGCUGCCGCCAAGAGAACCCUGCCCACCCACCUCGGACGCUUUAGCUUCGAGGGUCGAUCGCCCCAGUGUCGACAGUACUGUGCAGGAUGCGUCACAGGGGGCGAUAACGAGCGCAGUGGGCGAAACCAUUGAAUCUUCGAAGUCACCGACAAAGGCGAAGCCACCAGAAGAGGCGCCACAACCAGAGAGUUCGGCUUCUAUCGAUCACACCACCGAGUCCAUUCCGAACGGCAUUAUGGCAGAGGCUCAGCAAUCCAUUGCGCCCUCGUCCGCAGUCGGGUCAUCCCCCACGCUGGCUACUGAAACAUAUCGCCCCGAACUUGCAACCGAACCAGAGCCCGACCAAAUCGACGAGAUAACUCCACAAUCCACCGCGUCGAAUCCGGUGCCGAACGGCACAGUGCGACAGCGUGUAUCCAAAGGGCCCCCAGCCACCGUUCCCAACAUUGCUGAGGAUCCCGGUAUCACACAGCGUCCUGAGACACAAGAAAGAGAACUACUGUAUGUUGCUUACGCAAUAGUACUUCUCAUGGUCGCCAUCAUUGCAAGACGCGUCGUGAAGAUCAUCAUUGAGUGA